AAAAACACGUAGGCAAAACCGUAGAAGUGACAUGGAUUAUGUUCACAUGUAAACGGCACCGUUCCAAGUGGAACUCAACUCUCCUAGAACACAUGUGAGCUUUAUAUCUUCCCUCCUUAUCUUUCAACCACAUUAACGAUCAUGGCAAUUCCCAGCACACUAUCGGCGCUACCUUCUCCUUCAUGUCUCUCUUCAAAAUCACUUCAGCCCAUUCAUCUUACUUUCCCUAAAACCACAAUUUCACUUUCAAAAUCCAAUUUUACCCCCUUUUCAAUUCAUCGUUCAAAUUCAAUCAAUCUCGCCUCAUCAAGAAAAGCCAUCAGCUUCAUCUGCAGCAGUUCCUCCAUUGUGUCAACAAGCACUACCAAUUACGAGUUUUCAGAUGACUCACAAGAGGUAGAGCUGAGAUUAUUUCUUGGAGAUGAAAGCAUUCAGAGCUCGAAGGAUGUCAUUGUUGACAUCGAUGAGAAAUUCCUAACUAUCAAAACGAAACACGAUGGAUCAUUUAGAACCGCCAUGGAAAUCAGCUUGUAUGAGAAGAUAAAGCCAGCAGAAACAAUAUGGUUGUUAGAUGACGAUCAACUGGUUGUAAAUUUAAAGAAACAAGAUCCCGAUGUGAAAUGGCCUGACAUUACAGAAACAUGGGAGUCAUUAACAGUUGGAGUUGUGCAACUUCUGAAAGGGGCUUCAGUUUAUUUAGUUGGGGAGUCCUCAGAAAUCAACCAUAAAGUUUCUAGAGAGUUAGCCGUUGGCCUUGGGUAUACACCACUGAAUACAGAAGAGCUACUGGAAACUUUUACCAAGCAAACAGUUGAUUCAUUGGUGAUUGCAGAAGGAUCAAAUGCUGUAGCAGAAGCAGAAGGUGUCAUAUUGGAAAGCCUAAGUAGUCAUAUUCGUUCGGUUGUUGCAACGAUAGGAGGGCGGCACGGGGCGGCUGCAAGUGGGGAUCGCUGGCGGCAUCUUUACGCCGGAUUUACAGUCUGGCUGUCACAAUCUGAAGCUAAAGAUGAAGUGGCGGCAAAAGAGGAGGCCAGGAUGAACAUUGAGGGUGGUGGUGGUCAGGGUUUUUGUAAUGCUGAUGUGGUGGUGAAGAUUGGUGGUUGGGAUAGUGACUACUCUAAAGCUGUGGCACAGGCUGCAUUGAGUGCCCUUAAACAAUUGAUCCUGUCGGAUAAAAAACUUCCAGGUAAGAAGGGUCUUUAUAUAAGGCUGGGAUGUCGUGGUGAUUGGCCGAAUAUUAAGCCACCAGGGUGGGACCCAUCAUCUGGAACAGGUGCUGUAUAAUAUUCGGCUCUUGACAAGUUUUUGCAUCCAUUCUGAUGAACUGAAGCAAGAAUUCAUACCUAAGAUAAUGCAUGUUUGUUUCAACUGACAAAGAAUCAUGUAAGAGCAUAAUGACAUGUUUUGUUUGCAGAAUGUUUAGAAAAAGGAAUUGGAAUCUUUUAAAUGAACUGUAAUAUCAGAAGGAAUUUGAAUCUAUGAUGCUUUUAGUUGAUGUGUAAUGGAAUUCUUUGUUGGCUUC